GCUAUUUUAAUCUUGCUAUUGUAUCUUGAGGACCUCUACCGCAAGGCCCAUCACACAUAUCUCCAUCCUGAUACCAUUAUAUCAUAUGCUAAAUGCGACCAGUUCCUGGGACGGGGGAUAUGACCCUGAAUCUAAUGAACCAUGGACAAAAGCUGCCAACGAUCCAAGGACUGGGAAAUUACUUCAAACCGGCACUAAACCUGUUCCUGACUUCUGCCCCACCGUGGCCCUUGGUUCCAUUGGUUGGUGGUCGGCUCUUGGCGCGUGCAUUGCCCCCAUGCGGACUAGCCUCGCCCAUUUUGAGGCCAGCGAUUCCCUCCAUCUCCAGCAGAUCCAAUCCUGGAGACAGUCACGAUGUUCGGAUCAGAGCCUGAAAAAAGGUCGACCAGUUCAGUAGUUGCAGUGGACUAUCCCUGAACUGUUCCAACUGCAAAUCCUGACAAUUCAGCUUCCUACCAGCUUAUACGAAAGGCCACUCUGAGAUGGAGAACUAUGCUAAUAAUAGCGGAUCAGUUCUUCUUAUUUGACCCAUGACCCGUUUGAGCUGAAUCUGUGCUUUUACCGAC